UAGCGGAGUCAGUCUGACAGAGAAACACCCACACCGCCCGUUUCGCCUUUCUACAACCCCUCCGUCUCUCUGCGCUUCUUAAUAGGCUUUUUCCACCACUCCAACGGUCGGCUAGCUGCUGGGCGUACCCGCGUUGGUAUCUUUUUUUAUUUUUUUUACACCGUUUUUCGCACGAACAGAGGGUUAAUUCUUUCGGAGUUGAUUCAGGGGAAAGAAGCGAAAGAAACAGAGAGAGAGAGAGCGAGAGAAAGACAGACAGGGGAGAGCCAUGGCCACGACAACCUGUACGCGAUUCACGGACGAGUAUCAGCUGUACGAGGAGCUGGGGAAGGGAGCGUUUUCAGUGGUGCGCAGAUGUGUGAAGCUGUCGACAGGGCAAGAAUAUGCCGCUAAAAUAAUCAACACCAAAAAGUUAUCUGCAAGAGACCACCAGAAGUUGGAGCGAGAGGCUCGGAUCUGUCGCCUUUUGAAACACCCCAACAUUGUUCGUCUUCACGACAGUAUAUCAGAGGAGGGUUUCCACUACCUCCUGUUUGACUUGGUGACCGGAGGUGAACUGUUUGAGGACAUUGUAGCCAGAGAGUACUACAGCGAGGCGGACGCCAGUCAUUGCAUCCAGCAGAUCCUGGAAGCGGUGCUUCACUGCCAUCAAAUGGGCGUGGUGCACCGGGACCUAAAGCCAGAGAACCUGCUCCUUGCAAGCAAGUGUAAGAACGCUGCAGUGAAGCUUGCUGACUUUGGCCUGGCCAUCGAGGUGCAGGGGGAUCAGCAGGCCUGGUUUGGGUUUGCAGGAACACCAGGAUACCUGUCCCCCGAGGUAUUGAGGAAGGAGGCAUAUGGCAAACCUGUGGACAUCUGGGCCUGCGGGGUGAUCCUCUACAUCCUGCUGGUGGGUUACCCUCCUUUCUGGGACGAGGACCAGCACAAGCUGUACCAGCAGAUCAAGGCUGGGGCUUAUGAUUUUCCAUCCCCAGAGUGGGAUACAGUCACCCCAGAGGCGAAAAACCUGAUCAAUCAGAUGCUUACAAUCAACCCAGCCAAGAGGAUCACUGCUCAGGAGGCUCUUAAGCACCCAUGGGUCUGCCAACGAUCCACAGUGGCAUCUAUGAUGCACAGACAGGAGACUGUGGAGUGCCUGAAGAAAUUCAAUGCCAGGAGGAAACUCAAGGGGGCAAUUCUUACAACCAUGCUGGUUUCCCGAAAUUUCUCAGUCGGCAGCAGGCAGACCACCGCUCCAGCCUCUGUGACUGCGGCCGCGGCAGCUGUGGCCGCAGCCGCCGGCACCACCGCAGGGCUGGUGGAACAAGCCAAGACCUUGCUCAACAAAAAGGCAGAUGUUAAGAAACGCAAGUCCAGUUCGACUGUCCAGUACAUGCCUCAGACAAACAGCACCAAAAACAGCAUAGUCACCAGUCCCAAAGGAAACAUCCCUUCACCUGCUCUGGAACCUCAGACAACUGUCAUCCAUAAUCCGGUGGACGGGACAAAGGAGUCGUCAGACAGCAGCAACACCACCGUGGAGGACGAGGAUGUGAAAGGAAAGAGCUUAGACAACAGCUCACUUAAGGCGCAGUCCAGCACAAGUUCCCAGCCUGAUAGCACUCAGGGCUCCUCAGCUGCUGUUCACUCUGCUGCAAAGUUCUCUGACCUGCUGGGCUCUGUGCGUAGAGGCUCAGGGCCCAUCACCGACGGAGAAGGUAGAUCCAGCACUCCGCCUCCAGCUGCCCUCUCCGCCCCUUCCCCUCCACACACCCCUGUUGUCCCCAUGCAGAUGUCCCGGCUCACAGACCUGGUAAGCAGCGUCCGCAGGGUGCCGCCGCCCGCUGCACCCGACGGCAACGCCGUCUCGGCGCCGGCCCCCGUCACCAAGCCGGCCCCUCCACCUGCACACAUCACUCCCCCACCUCCCUCCCUCUCCCCCUCCAGCCCCUCUUUGUCCUCAUCCCAGACGCGUAAACAAGAAAUCAUCAAGAUCACCGAACAGCUGAUCGAGGCCAUCAACAAUGGAGACUUUGACGCUUACGCUAAGAUCUGCGAUCCUGGGUUGACUUCGUUUGAGCCGGAGGCGUUGGGAAACCUGGUAGAGGGAAUGGAUUUCCACAGAUUCUACUUUGAGAACCUUUUGGCUAAGAACAACAAGCCCAUCCACACCACCAUCCUGAACCCCCACGUCCACCUGAUCGGCGAGGACGCCGCCUGCAUCGCGUACAUCCGGCUCACUCAGUUUGUCGACAACCAGGGCCGGCCGCGCUCCAGCCAGUCGGAGGAAACGCGUGUCUGGCAUCGCAGAGAGAGCAAGUGGCAGAACAUCCACUUCCACUGCUCAGGCGCGCCAGCUGCGCCUCUCCAGUGAGGGCUGAAUGCUGUAGUUGUGUCUGUCAGGAAUGAUCUGCUGGAGAGAAAAGAGGAAGAGGAAGGAAUGAAGGAACACAUCCAGUGUUGACUCGGAGGACAUGGCUCGUCACGCCUCAACAAUCAAAUCCCUCUCUCACUGGACUCCAUCCCCCAGCAUGCACCUCUCCUUCUACAACUGUGACCCCGCCUCCGUCUGCAUCCUCAAAAUAAGCUUCUGACGACCAUCGCUCCACAUCUUCUUCUAUUUCUUCUUCUUUUCCUUGUUCUUCUUCUUCUUCUCUCCAGCUCACUGGGUGUUUGAUUCGGGGUCUGGCGCCCCCUACCUGUGGUCUCUCUCCCACCACCACAAUAUUUUUGUGACCCUCUCUUGUCCUCCUGUGAAUCCGCACCUGUGUGACAUAAACACUGCACUGGAAAUACAGUAUGUAAAGUUUUAAGUAAAAUCUAUAAUUAUCAUUACUAUAUUAUGAUUAUUGUUACACAUUUGCAAUUGUAUAUGUAAUUUGUAUAAUUCAAAUUUCUUGAUGCCAGUGGUUUUUAGAGUUGAAGGAACUUUUUUGUUUUAUCUUUUUAAGGAAGCAUGUUUUAUUCCCCAUAGUAACAGUGACUGUUUUCUU